AUGGUCAAUUUCCAGAGCUCCGACAUCCCUGACCUCAGCAAUCAGGUCAUCAUUGUUACGGGCGGCAAUGCCGGCCUAGGCUAUGAAAUGAUACGCCAAUUGCGACAACACAAUCCAGCUCGAAUCUACCUGGCUGCGAGAUCUCAGCAAAGGGCUGAAGCAGCUAUCCAGCAGCUUAAGCAAGAUGGAUACGAGAUUCAAUUCGGAACCAAUGUCAUCGGGCCAGCCCUGCUAACUCAGUCCCUGUUGCCAAUGAUCAAGGAAACUGCUGGACUUAAUCCCGAGGCAAGAGCUGUAUUUUUGACAUCUGCAUCAGAGGCAGUGGCUCCCCGCGAUAUCUACGACUUUGCUGAACUCAAGACAACAAUGUCGGGUCGCCAUACAACGAAGCGAUAUGCACUCUCGAAACUUGCAACUAUACAUUAUGCCUCAGCACUCGCUGAACGGCACAAAGGAGUAAAGAUUGUGAGUGUCCAUCCUGGCAUGGUCGCUACAAACCUUCAUCACUCUUCCACGGGCUUCUUCUUGAGGCCAUUCCUCUAUGCCGCGAUCAACCUCUUCGCCACCCCUGUCGACAAGGGCGUCUUGUCUCAGAUCUGGGCCGCUGUCAGUCCUGACGUAAAGACGGGAGAGUAUUAUAGCCCGAUAGGCAUUGCUGGAAAAGGGUCCAACGCAAGUAAGGACCGCAACUUGCAGGAAUCAUUGUAUAAGUGGAUUCAAACCGAGUUGGAAGCACAAGUCGAAGAUCUCACGCAGCCAUCGUAA